AUGGUCGCUCGUUUGUCAACCCUUUUCUCUACCUUAUUCAUCACUGCAAUCACCGCUCAAGACGUAAAGUUCUGGUGUAUUGUAGGUAUUGAGUGUAAUUUUGAGCUCGAAAAGGAUGAGGAGUUAAAACACACCUUUCUGUCAAACAAGUACAAUUGCUCAGUAGGGAGUCUGGAACUCCGUACAACUCUUGAAGGAGAGGUGGAAAAGGUAAAAUUUGUACCUGAAUUAUCGAAAAACUGGCCAAAUAGCGUCUACAUUUGCCGAGCCAAAAAGCUGGAGGUUCUUGGUGUGGAGCAUAAAGUUAGUGGAACUGCUGUAGGAACGAUUAAAAUACUCAGGAUUACGAGGUACAACCACAUCAUUGAACAGAACAACGAGCUAAGGUUUACGAUUCAUGACUUGGAUGCUGAAAAACUUGAGCUAAAUGACAAGGAUCCCGGUCCAAGCCUGGGAAUCUCAUCCACUCCAGUUGAUUUAAUUAAGGAGCUUAGGUUACAUCCUUUUGUCCCCUGUGGUAAAAACAUUGUUGCGAAUGUAUUUCUUAAUCGGUAUAUAGGGGAUAUAGAAACUCUGGAACCGUUCUACCUUUACCUCUGCUAUCCCACAAUCUCUAAGCAAAUAUUUUUUAUUGAACGCAUAAUAGUUUUUAACGGUUCGCUGAUUAAAGAAAUUCAUCAAAAGGUCGUUCAAAACUACAUUUUAUUGGAACUCAGAGGCGUAUCUACCGAGAGAAACUAUACGGUCACAAACCUGCAUGCACUGGAAGAAAAGGAACGUUUGUCUAAUAAAAACUUGUUCCCAAUCCGUAAACGGCUAGAUUAUAAAAAGGAAGCUUACAAGGAAAUUCUGGAAGGAAACAUUAGCUUCAGUGUCCACUCAAAUGAAAGCAAAGAUGGUCUCUCCUCAGUUUGUGGUCACUCGAACUUUCUGUGGUCAAAGUUUGACAUUCCCUAUUAUUCCGAAGGAUAUUACGCUGAUAAAAGUAUUUUGUUUGCUCUACCAAUUCAGCUGUUUGGGUCUAAGGUUCUCAUUUGUGCUUCCCUGGAUAAAAACAUGGGUCAGGAAUCAUACACCCUUCCCGUAUCAUCUUUUCUUCUGAAUACGAGUGACUAUCCGUACUUUAAGAACAUCUUUACAGCUGAUCAUAUGGGUAUUGUUAGCCUAAAAAUAGAGUUUGAUGUGCAUCCACUCAGCGAGAUUCGAUUGCUCCACAUUUGCGAUUACAAGCAAGACGAAUUUAUGGCGAAAUUCAAACUUGAUGAACUCAGUACCACCUGUAAACGGUACUCUAAAGAAGAUAAGUUUGGAUACGUUUAUGAAAAUGCAAUAUUGAACAAGGACGUUGCAUAUACGAGAUCAGAUGCGUAUCUGAGUGUUUAUGGUGAUGAGUCACCAAGCGAGCAUUUUCUAGCACAUAGGCUUGCGUUUCUACCGGAUAAAGGAACUUUUUUGGAGAAUAAUGUGCUUAGUCUUGGGAAUAUAUUCUUGCCUAGACUUGUGCAUGAGCCGCUUUUACCAUACAUUGUUCUCUUGUGUGAUCGAUGGAAGCAUCCUCACUGUCUUGCCGCGCAUGAAUUUGAUAAAAUAGCUGGUCUGAUUUAUCCCAAUGUUAUUUCUCCGCAAAAUGUUUCAAUACGGCUGAAUGAAGAAGGAUUAAAGGUAAAGGUAUCAUCGCCCAAAGAUGGUCACCAUAUCAUCAAACUCGUAGAGGCAAAAUACGUUCAGUAUUCUGAUUUUGAGCAAAUUUGCAAUAUCAAAGAUGGUUUAUUUGCAGAGUUUAAACUGGAAAAGGUUGAGGAUAAGGAUGGCGAAACAAAAAGAUUCUACACUUAUGAAAUUCGCAGAAUGAAAGCAGAGGGAAUUAACGGCGUAGAGCUCGGGAAAAUCUACUACCUCUGCAUGCUAAAUAGAGAUGGAAAGAAGGAACUUAAUGGGUGGGAAAAAAUGGGAGUUACUCUCUGGAAAUCUCAGAAAAACGCACUUCCAUCAGGUUCAGUGUCUGACUGGAAACUUUUAAAUAUCGUCGUUACACAAACACCUCUAGCUCAACAGAGGUACACCUUUACGGACAUUGAUUCUAACGUUACUAGUAUAUUCAUUAAAACAACUGGGUACUCGAAUGAUACAAGUAUAAGUGGCGUAUACUUGUCAAGUGAUUUGCUCUUCAAAUGCUCAUCUUUGGUACCAAAAGGUGACAUUAAGUUGGGAAAAGGGAGUAAAGAAAAAAUACACCCAAAUAUAUCCUUUGUGAAAUAUACUCCCGAGGCUAAAAAUAAAAGGGAUGGCGGUCCAGUGGGAGAACAAGGUUUUUGGUUUGAGGAGAAUCCCGCCCUUUGGUCUCUGGUCGGAGACUAUAUUCGCUAUAUUGGGAUCUUUAAACCUCAAGAGAAAAUGUACAAGGUCUGUAUUUGCCACAAGGACGUUUGUUACAGUGGUGGAAAUCUCGUCCAGUCCAAAAUGACAUUUUUUGAUCUCAACCAGUUUAUUCCAGUCAAUGAUGUUUACAAUCGACUAGUAAUCGGUAGGUACAUUUGUAUGCACAACAGGAGGAAUGUGGUAUGUUUUUCUGGCACUGGAGACUUGAGCGAGAUGAUGGUUAACCUGCAUGUAAUUAAUCUCUCUGAAAUGGAGAUUUCCUACGUCACUUUUGAUAAUGAAAUUGGGUUUCUAUCAGUUUUAUCCAAACAUUCACUCUAUAUCUACAAUGAAGACCUAAGCAAGAGCAUAGAGGUGAGAGGUCUGGAUGGCACCGAUCUCAUCGCAUCAUUUCCCGGAAUCACAUUCAUUGUCCUAAAUGGAAGCCUUGUCGCCUAUAUUGAAGGCAAUCGCCUAAAUGCUCUUUUUAGAGAUGCAAGAAGAAAUUAUGAGAAGCUCCUCUUUGCCGACAAGUCCCCCAAAAGCUACAAGUACGACAUGGAUAAGAACAAUUUCUUAACAAUAAGUUUUAAAGAGACCCCAAGGAAUGAGACAGAGAUGCACAUUUUCCCGUCUAACACAAGCGACGAGAAAUACGACAUCUUCUUUAUCGACAAUGAACUCAUUCUUCGUUAUUACCAAUUCACGAUUCUCCCAGAUAAAAAGGCAUCCAUCACGUCAAGGAAUAAUCUUGAUUUGAAGGAAUACUUUCCAUUUAAUGACCAAAGGUUAAUGUUCAAGGUUCAAAAGAUCUCGGUACUUGAUACCAACUACGUCGUCAUAUUCGUUUGUCAGUUUGACAUGGGUGUUUUAAAGGUGUUUUAUCUCGCAAAUGAUCGGUUUACAUUCUACUCUGGCAUUGUCAUCGUGACAAAUGUCAUUGAUUUUAUCCUAACUGAAACGCACAUUAUCGGAUUGACCAUUAGCUUUGGCGGAAGGUCAAUUGAUAAAGGGACUAUAGGUGACAUAUCCCAGUCUCUAUUCCAACUCAGGUACAUUGAUCUACUUGAUAUAAGUCUGGAUUAUCCAAAUGUUCCAAAGGAGGUAAUCUAUGGCUCAUCCUACACAUUUCAUCCAUCCGUCUCAAACGGGAUACUCGUCCACUUUUACCUCAAGAAUAGCAAAGAUCUGAUGGGAACUGGCCUAACUUUGAAUGAGGCAACAGGAGUAAUUUCCGGAACACUGACUUUUGUAGGGAAGAAGACUCUGAGUAUUGCCACGGAGGGACUACUUGGGAAUACUUCCCACUCCAUCUCCAUAUCAUCCAACUGUCCGCUUGGAACAGAAUAUGACGGGAAAACCUGUCUUCCAUGCUCAAUUGGCUAUUACAAGGAUGAUAUUACCCUGGAUAGGUGCUUAAAAUGUACGGAGAGUAUCGUGGAUAGCACGACAAGGGCCAACGGGGCAAAAGGUUUAUCCGAAUGCCUCUGUCCCCCUGGUAGCUUCUUUUCAAAUAACGCGUGCCUUAAAUGUCCAAGUGGAACUUUUUCUCAGGACCACGGAUCCUACGUUUGUCUUGGAAGGUGUAGAGAAAAUGAGGUCAGCACGGUCGUUGGAGCUUCAUCACUGAGUGAAUUAAAGUGCAUGUGUAUCGAAGGGUUUUAUUCCACUGAUGGAUCAUGUAAAGAAUGUCCUCCAAAUCACUACUGUAAAGGUGGAAUGGAGCAACCAGUGCCGUGCGGAAAUGGAAUGAUUACCACAAGUAUCGGGAAGUCAGCCAAGGAUUGUAUAUGUGAUUUAGGGUUUGAAUGGAACGAUGGUGAAUGCGUCCCCUGUAAUACGCUAUCCUACAAAGAUUUUAUUGGUAAUUCAAAGUGCAUGCACUGCUCUUCAGACUCCAGUAGCGAGAGCCAACUCUACACGAUGAAGCUCGGAGCCAAGAAUAAAAACGACUGUCGCUUUUGCAAACCUGGAUACUACAACUCUGAAAACAGCAUCUACUGUAUACCAUGCCCACCAAACAGUUUUUGUUUUGGUGAACGAUUCAAACCGAUUUCCUGUGGACAGCAUGGCAUCACUACGGUACUCAAUGCCACUAGAGCCUCCGAAUGUCUAUGCCAGAGGGGAUUUGGUCAUUUAAGUUUUGCUAGAGUCAAUCCAAGCAUCCCGCAAAAAUGUGUAAAGUGUCCAUUAAAUACUUGGCAGUACCUGGAUGGUGACUUUGCAUGCAUAAAGUGUCCAAGGAAUAGCUAUAGCGUCCAUUCCUUCUCACUCUUUGACUGUCUGCCGAUUCCUGGAUAUUAUAAUGUGUUUGGCCUCGGCUUUAAAAGUUUUGUCGAGAAGAUUGAGUCGAGGAAUGUGAAUACAAUGGAUGAUGCUCCGGUAAUUGAGUGCUAUUCUGGCGUAGUUAUAGACAAGGUGUCAUCACACAUUUCACUCCAACAGUCUCUAAAGUCUUGUCUAGAACUAUGCAAGGCAAAUGUUUACUGUCGCUACGCCUACUUUAUGAGCUAUGGCGGUUUGCCCAUGUAUCGCGAAGUUUCAACUUUUGAAAAGCAGAAGCCGCAGGUUUACUCCCCCUGUAUGCUAUUUUAUGAAGCUCUAGACAUCUCUACGAGUAAUGAAAACGUACAAGAUCUCACGGAUAUCAUUACUACAGAAGACAAAGAGGAUGAGAUAGAGGGAAGAAACGUCUUUUGCAAAGUCACCAGGGCGGUGCACAAAAAAUUGGACAUGGUUAAGUUUGUCAAAUGCCCCAAAAACUACUACUGCAAAGACGCCCAAACGUUUGGGAUGAGACUUUGUCCAGAGCAUUCGACUACAUUAUCUACAGGAGCAUCCUCGCUUGACGAUUGUCUCUGCAUGCCUGGAUACGAACCUUCACUCUUUUCCCCUACCAGAAGAUGUGUACCGUGUGAAAAGGGGUUUUACAAGUUUGAACGGUCAAAUGAACAGUGUAAGUCAUGCCCAAAUGGUAUGACUACCAUGGAAAUUGGCUCUAAUCACAUUAAUAAAUGUGGAUGUCCCCCGAGCUUUUUUGCCUUUCUAACAGCUCAUCCCAAAGGUUCAGGCGAAGAUCGCCACAUUUACACGGAUACAAUAAUUACGGGAGAAUACCUUUUAAAUCUAGAAUGCAAGGAGUGUCCGCAAAACCACUAUUGCCCGGGUUUCUGGUCAUCAAGUGUGAACGUGAUAACUCACACUGCGCCAAUUCCCUGUCCUCCUGGUUCUUCAAUCAUGUCCCUUUCCCGCAACGUGAGCUCUGUUUCUUCCUGUUUAUGCGGUCCCGGGUAUGGAAUUGUCCAGCACAUUGACAGAAGGUCGCAGUCAUGUGAACGGUGUCCUCCAGGAACCUUUAAGGAGACUUUUGAGAACUCGUCAUGCACUGAGAGAUGUGGCACCUUUGCAACGUCUUUGCCCGGAGCUUCUUCUAACAAAAACUGUUUCUGUCUGCCAGGGUGGUUCAUGCUUACAAAUGAACGAGGGAGUAGCCUCUGCUCCAAGUGCAUGCAAGGAGCGAUUUGUCCCGGCGGUUUCUCUAACUCGGCAAGUUUUAAGCAGCUAACAAACGACCCUAAUCUAGAGGUUAGUUCCUACGAUCACGCAUCACCGUUGCCUGGAGUGGGAAAUAUUCUGAUAUACAAACAGCAGGUUCAUGCCAAUAAAAGGGUGGGUCCAUGGCAUCCAGACAGGGAUGAGUUUUACUUAACAAGACAACCAUCUCAGAGGAUGUUUAAGCUUUACGACAAAAUACCAGACAUACACCCGUGCGCGUAUUCUCACCGACGUAACACGGUGAAUGCGUUUUCAUGUUCAACAGGGUCGACUGGUUAUAUUUGUGGAAACUGCGAACCUGGAUACGACGUUGAAUACUUUCAGUCAAUGUGCACAAAGUGUGGAUCUGGUCUGGAGGAAUUCACAAAGUUGGUCUUGCCACGGUUCAUUUUCGUGUUUGCAGUUCUCAUAACAUGUUACUCCACAAGGCAUGCAAACUUGAGUGGUGAGUUCUCACUCGUUGCAAUUUUAAAAAUCCUCAACCUCUUUACCCUUUCGCUUCUACCCUUGGGGUUAUUGCCCAUUACAUCAGUCUCAAGUCUGAGGAGAUUCUACUGGUCGUUCCAUCUCCUCUUUUAUUAUCCCAUAUCCUGGUUUGCCCACACGGAACGUGUCGGAUGCUGGGAGUUUACUCUUCGAAAAUUUACGCAAUGGAUGAAUGAGUAUGGAUUCUCCAGGGAUAUUUUUGAUGGGUCAAGGCACCUGGACUAUAAGCAGUUGUGGUACAUGCAGAGGCUGGUUGGGGCGGUUAAACCUCUGCUUGAUCUCGUUCUCCUUUGCCUGCUCUUUCCACUCUUUAAUUUGGUUUACCAGAGAUAUAUUAGGCGCAAGUUUUACGAAAAGAUUAAACAUUUUCUGAUCAAGAGUAAGAACGCAGAUGAAGCAAAUGAGUCCAGAGGACGAGAUAGGAGAGUAGAAAAAAUGAUUAAAAGGGACACAAGAAAUCUCUUGUUUCAGAACAUUGUCGUAAUCAUCGUCUUGCACAUUCCCAGUCUUUUUAUAAACUCGCUCUCAAUGGUAUGGUGCAGACCCGUCCGUUAUAAAAAUGAGGAACCUGUAGAGAUCCUCCUGCAUCUUCCAAACCAGGAAUGCGACAUGGAGAAUCCUCUCUUUAGAUUUGGCUUCAUGGUGUCCGCUAGUCUCUUCAUUCUCGUAUUUUUAUUCUCAGUGUUCUUCUUCUUUUCCCUCCUAAACUCGGAUUACGAGGCUAAUUCAUGGAAGUCGAUAUUUAUGAUGGGCUACAGAGAGGGUUGUAGGUGGUGGGACAUUAUCCUGUUGCUUAGACAAUUCCUUGUUGUCGUUUUUGUCGUGGCUCAAUACUCGGUUAACCCUCGAGGAGGCUCAGAGUAUGUCCGUUUGCUCUCAUUCAUGGCCUUUAACAUUUCAUUCCUUAUGCUACAUUUGUGGUAUUCCCCCUAUGACCACAGAGGUGACUAUCGGUUUCACAGGUUGGAGAGUUUUGUCUUUAUCACGAGCAUUUUCAUAAGCCUGUUUGUUCAUGGCUCUUGUUUUUACGACUUUUCAAGGUUUGCCAUAGUUCCCAUAGUUUUGGCCCUUUUUGCCUACUUUAAAAUUGUCUCAAACUUUUUCCUGGAGUCUGCAAGUAUAGCAAAUGUACAGACAAAGUUUAGGAAUCCAGGCUUUAUAGAGCAGGUACUCUCGAUUCUUCCGUCUUAUCGGAGCAGUAGAAAUGUUUACGUUUACUUUAAUUAUGAUACGAAUACACUCGUAUUUGAUCGCACUGCAUUUUACUUAAGGAAAGGUCUCAUCUCUCGACUGGAACGCAUCUUCUCGAAUUUAAAGGUCAAUCAGUCGGAGAGUCGUAGGUUUUUAAUUUCAACAAUCAAGGACAUUUAUGCAACUUCAAUUUGGAUGAAGAAACGGGUGAUGAUUCCAGACGACUUCAUCUACUUUAUUAUCCGAAUGGCGUUUUGGUUUUCCUAUUGCAUGCACAUUGAGAUGGAUGAGAAGUUGACGGAAAAGGAUCGCCUAUAUCUCAUUAUAUUUUUCUACCUCUAUUACAAGGAUGGAAGGGUAAAAAGAAUGCUCUCGCCAGUGAUUUCUAAACUACCAGUUGGUGCAUCACAGAAGAAUUCAUUCCGCAUUGAUAAUGCCAAUUCUUUAGUUCAUAUUAACAUUGUAGAAUCAUUACUCGUAGAUUGUCUGUUUGACAAAUUCUAUGACGUUAGACCAAUCACCAUUACGGAGCUGUACUACGCAUUGCUAUCCCUCGGUCACUUGGGGGAUUCUCUGCCUCGAGUCUACGCUCUCUACGAGGCGUUCUUGCGAACAAGGCGCUCUCAAAGGGAUGUAAAAAUAGACGAAAUAAAAAACGAGAUUGAUAGUAUAACAGCUUGCAUGGACGAGGAAUCGACAAUGGUUAAAAUAAAAGCCCUGAGUCAGGAAAGGCAAGAGCUGAUGGAUGAGCUGGAGAAGCUUGAACUCUUGGUUAAACACAAGACAAACAUUAUAGCGGUUGAAAGGUCUACUGAAAAGGUCGUACAGGACCUGGAAUUAGCUCUAGAUAAAAUGCUAGUUGACAAUUUGACACAUGAAGAUAUUUUGGAAGGCAUCUCAAAGCUGAAUGCAGACGGUGAAAGUCACUCAAAUUCAGAGAGGAGAAAGGGGCUCCUAAUACCAGUUUUAAAGCUCAACAAGUCGUUGGAAUAA